GUUCUAAAAAAAACUUCUGUGUAAAACAUAACGGAUAAACAUUGAAAUGGGAGUGCGGGAUUUGUGGACAAUUCUGGAGCCCUAUCAUGACAGGAAGCCUCUCUAUGAGCUGUCCGGGAAGGUAGUGGCUAUAGAUCUUGGUGGGUGGGUGUGUGAGAAUCAAAAUGUCGUGGAUUAUCCCGUUCAGCCUCGAUUGUAUCUCAGGAAUCUCUUCCAUCGCACCUGCUACCUACUGCUGGCAAAUGUAACCCCAGUUUUUGUCCUUGAGGGAGAUGCUCCGGAAGUGAAAUAUGAUGAAAUUGCUCGAAGGAAUGACAUCCAAUUCCGCGGUGGGGCUCCAAAGAAAACACAGCGAAAGGAUAAGAACAAGGGCCGAACACGCUUCAACGGAGUCCUCAAGCUCUGUGAGAAUCUUCUCCGAACCAUGGGCCUGGAAUGCGUACAAGCUCCCGGAGAAGCCGAAGCUUUCUGUGCUCACCUCAACCGGGCAGGUCUUGUGGAUGGUGUGGUGAGUCAAGAUUCAGAUUGCUUCGCCUAUGGAGCCCGGAAGGUGUACAGGAAUUUCUCAGUGGCAAAACAGGGAGCAGUAGCUGCUUCCGGUGGAGCUGUUGAUAUCUACGACAUGGACAAAAUAUCCCAAAUUCUCGAUCUUGGGCAAAAUAAAAUUGUCCUCCUUGCCCUUCUUGCGGGAUGUGACUACUGUCCAGGUGUAGCUGGUGUGGGAAAAGAUUCCGUAAUGAAGCUCUUCUCUGUCUACACGGAAGCUGAAAUUUUGCAACAUGUCCAAAUGUGGAGGCAGCAGGAAGAUAAGUUUAGCAACCUCGAAGCCAUGGUGGAGGAUAAGAAUGUCUGUGUCAACUGCGGGCACCCUGGGAAGCUACAGAGUCACACACGAAAGGGAUGCAGUGCCUGCAAUUCAACCACCGGAUGUGAUUCCACACUGUGGCGCGAAAAACGACUGCUAAUCCGAACGGAGAUUCAAAUUCGUCGUCGAGCUCUCACGGAUGCAGCAUUCCCAAGACAAGAGAUAAUUGAUGAAUUCCUCCAGAGCAUAGAAACCCCACGAGAGCUAAAUCUGUCAUGGAAAAGCCCCAAUGUGGUGCGUUUUGUCCGGAUGAUGGUGAAAAAUCUUCAAUGGGAAGAACUCUAUGCGUUCCAGAAGAUCCUACCACUUGUAACCCGAUGGCAGCUAAUCCAUGGCCAUGAUGAAGUUGUUCUUCCGCGGGAAAUCCGCAAGAAGCGCACACUGAAGGGAGUUUCGAGCUUUGAAGUUGUCUGGAAGGAGGGAAGUCCCUUCUUCGAAGGAUUAAUUCCCGAUGAACAAAUCACAGCCUUCCUCACGGAUAAUCCGUCUGGAAUUGACAGCUUGUGGACGACAAUUGAACCAGCUGUACUCCUGGAAGCCACUCAUGGGAAUCUCGUGCAGGAAUUCCUCGAUAGUCGUCCACAAAAAAAGAAGAGAAAAAAGAAAAGGAAACCCGAAGAUUCUCUCAGUACUUUCGAUGCAAUGAAAGAUGAACUGAAGAAUAUCGAGAAGAAGGCAUCAAGGAGAAAGGGUCCUGUACCAAAGGGAGUACAGAAAAUUGAUAAAUACUUCGAGAAAAUUGAACGAGAAGACAGUAUCCUCAGAGCUGUGGAGAAUAUCCCGGAAAAUCACAAAGAUGAGGGAGAACUUUCGGAUAUAAUUGCCCAGAUUGUUGCUCGACCACCACAUGUGACGAAUUUGAAUGGCCGGGAGCUCUUCUAUGCCUCCACAGAGACUCAUUUGGUGGUGAAUCCAUCUCAUAAUACUCCCGAAGAAGUAGAUGCUUCAAAAGAAGAAGCAUUCCCGGAUGUUUCAGAAGCGCAGACUGCUCAAAAAGUUGUGGAUAUUCCAGAGGAUGACAUGGAUGAGCUUGAUCUUCUUGUUGCGGGUAUUUCAGUGAAACCACCUGCAGUUUCCACGCCAAAGUACCACAAAACUCCCAAUGAGCCUCCAGAAACCGAUGAUGUAGCCUUCCUCCUGGAAAAUCUCAAUACGACCGUUGAUCUCUUUGAAUCAACCUUGGAUAUGUCCAGGAAGUUCUUUGAAGAGGCUGAAUCUGAUGAUGAUUAAAAUUUCCAUUGAUUUUUAUUUAA